AUGGCGAUGAUGGAGGAAGGGGCGCGGAGCUGCCUGAUUCAGUCACGCUCCAGUCUGGAGCAGGACAUCAGGGCUUCCUACCUGAUGGAUCACAUGAUCAGUGACGGCGUGCUGACGGGGGACGAGGAGGACAGGAUCAGGAGCAAGCCCACCAGGAGAGAGCAGGCGGCGGCCCUGCUGGAGCUGCUCCUGAGGAAGGAUAACCAGGCCUACAUCUCCUUCUACAACGCCCUGGUCCGCGAGAGCUACGGGGACCUGGCCAGCCUGCUCCACAACAGCCUGCCCCUGGUCUCCCCUGAGGCUGAGAAGAGCUUCUCAGACGGGGGCACCCGCUAUGUCCAGGCGGUGCUGAGUGAGGGCGGCGUGCCUCAGAGACCUGUGGUGUUUGUGAGCCGGCCAGCCCUGGUGAACCGGGUCAGGGAGAAGCUCUACCACUUGCAGAAGGAGCCCGGCUGGGUCACUGUGUUCGGCAUGGCCGGCUCCGGCAAGUCUGUCUUGGCUGCGGAGGCAGUCCGAGACCACGCACUCAUCACAGAGUGUUUUCCAGGAGGAGUCCACUGGCUGUCCAUAGGCCAGCUGGACCGGGCUGACCUACUGGUUAGGAUCCAGUCACUGUGUUUCUGCCUGGAGCAGCAGAGCCAGGAGAAAGACCCCUCGUCCUCCAUCCACCGGCCUCCUGGCUCUCUGGAGGAGGCCAAGGAGCGACUACGCUUCCUCAUGCUCCGUCGUUACCCCAGGUCUUUGCUGAUACUGGAUGACAUCUGGGACAGCUCGGUGCUCAAGGCCUUUGACAUCCAGUGUCGAGUACUGCUCACCACCCGAGACAGAAGCCUAGCCGACUGUGUCAGCGGUUCUAAGUCUGAGGUGGCAGUGGAGAGUGGUCUGGAGGAGGGUCAGGCCUUGGAGAUCCUCGCCCUGUAUGUCAACGGGAAACCCCAGAGACUCCCAGAACAGGCCCGCAGCAUUGUCCGAGAGUGUAAAGGCUCCCCCUUGGUGGUGUCCCUAAUCGGGGCCCUGCUGCGGGAGUUCCCGGACCGCUGGGCCUACUACCUGCACACGCUCCAGCAGAAGAAGUUCAAGCGUAUCCGUAAGUCGUCUUCGUAUGACUACGAUGCCCUUGACCAGGCCAUGGCUGCCAGCAUCCAGGUCCUGUCUGAGGAACACAGGGAGCUGUACAUUGACCUCACCGUGCUGGAGAAGGACGUCAAAGUACCUGCCAAGGUUCUGUCGGUUCUGUGGGAUCUAGAACCGGAGGAGGUGGAGGACGUUCUCCAGGACUUUGUGAACAAGUCCCUACUGUUCCGUGACUGUCACCACCGGCCCUACCUCUACUACCUCCAUGACCUCCAGCUGGACUUCCUGGCUGAGAUGAACCGCUCUGGUCUAGAGAGCCUCCACACCAAGGUGGUGCGUCAAUACCAGCAGCGCUACAGCCAGGGUCCCCCCACCUCAGGAGAUGAAGAGUGCCUCUACUGGUUCAGAUUCCUCACCUACCACAUGGCCAAGGCCAACCUCACACAGGAGUUGUACUCUCUGAUGUUCUCUCUGGACUGGGUCAGAACUAAAGCUCAGAUUAUGGGACCAGCUCAUCUUAUCAAUGACUAUGUGGAGUACGGCGCCAUACUGGACAAAGAGAACAGCGAGGUGCGGGGCCACUUCCAGGAGUUCCUGUCUCUGAACGGCCACCAGUUGGAGCAGCGUCCGUUCCCUGACGUAGUGCAGCUGGCCCUGUCCCAGCCAGACUCCUCUGAGGUGUACCGCCAGGCCCUGCUGCAGGCGCAGGAGAGGGCCACCACAGGGGGACUCUACCUUGACUGGGUGAACAAAAGUAGUCUGAAGAGCCUGUCUCGUCUGGUGGUCCAGCCCCACCAGGGAUCCAUCUACUCUGCCUGCUUCUCCCACGACGGCACCAAUAUUGCCUCCUGUGGCUCCAGCAAGACACUGCGAGUGUUUAAGAGCACCUCUGGGGAGAAGCUGCUGGAGAUCCAGGCCCACGACGAUGAGGUGCUCUGCUGCGCCUUCUCCCCGGAUGACCGUCUCCUAGCAACCUGCUCAAGUGAUAGGAAGGUCAAGGUUUGGAACGUGGAGCGUGGGACUCUGAUGAGGGUGUUUGAGGACGAACACGAGGAGCAGGUCAACCACUGUCAGUUCACCAACACAAGCUUACGCCUCCUACUGGCCACCUGCUCCAACGACAAGUUCAUGAACACCAAGCUGUGGAACAUCAAUAAACCCUCCUCCCAGAACACCAUGUUUGGUCAUUUGGAGCCUGUCAAUCACUGCUGUUUCUCCCCUGAUGACGCCUACCUCUCCACCUCUUCCAGCGACGGAACCCUGAAGCUGUGGGAGGUGUCCUCGGCCAAUGAGUGGAAGUCCAUAGACGUGGCGGACAUGUUCCCGGAGCAGAGCGAGCAGACGGAGGUCAUGGUGAAGUGCAGCACCUGGUCAGCAGACGGCAGGACCAUCAUCUGUGCUGCCAGGAACGCAGUCUUUGUGUUUGAUGUAGAGACGGCGGCCAUGUUGUUGGAGAUCCGGACCAGUCGUCUGAGCACGGUGCAGUACUGUCACGCCUGUCCCAGCAGCAACCUGGUGGCCAUCGCACUGUCACACUAUGCUGUGGAGCUGUGGGACAUUAAGACCAGUAAGAAGAUGGCUGACUGUAGUGGUCAUCUGAGCUGGGUCCAUGGAGUCCAGUUCUCCCCUGACGGAUCUCUACUGCUCUCCUGUUCUGAUGAUCAGACCGUCAGGGUGUGGGAGACUAAUAAAGUCCACACCUCCUCGGCUGUCUGUCUGAAGAGGGACUCUGACGUGCUCUUUAACAACGGUGACAUUACUGUGGUUGCCGCCGACAACUGCAACAGACUGCAGGUGAGGAAUGGGAGGACCGGAGCGGUGAUGUUCCAGUCAGAGGACCAGGAGUCUCGUAUCCGCUGCACUGCUAUCUGCUCACAGACCUCAGCCGUGGGGCUGGGACGAGAGGAUGGGACGAUACAGGUGUUGGAGGUGCCGUCGGGGACCUCUCUAGCCACUCUUCAGGGUCACACCAGGACAGUUCUCCACUGCCAGUUCACCCCGGAGGGACACACUCUCAUCACCUCCUCUGAGGACACCACCAUACGGGUGUGGAGGUGGAGGACAGGUGAGUGUGUGGUUCUGGAGGGCCACACGGAGCAGGUCAGAUGCUUCUCUCUGCUCACCACCUCACCCUCAGAGAAACAUCUCCUCAGCUGGUCCUUUGACGGCACCAUCAAGGUGUGGGACAUGUCUAGUGGUGAACGGCUGCAGGACCUAGUGUGUCACCAGGGGGCGGUGCUAGCCUGUGACGUGUCGCCUGACGGACAGCUCUUCGCCACCACCUCCGCUGACAAGACUGCCAAGGUGUGGAGCAGUGCAUCGUGGGAGUGCGUGCGCCUGUUGAACGGCCACCAGGACUGUGUCCGCAGCUGCCGCUUCUCUUGGGACGGCCGGCGCCUAGCAACCGGUGACGACAACGGAGAGAUACGGCUGUGGAACGUGAAGGAUGGUACUCUGCUUAAGAUCUGUUCCUGUGACAACAAGGACGCCAUGGACUCUCUGCACGGAGGCUGGGUGACCGACCUGCACUUCUCCCCAGACAACACUGUGCUGCUGUCUACAGGAGGAUACAUUAAGUGGUGGAACGUGGAGAAAGGAGAGGCCCUCCAGACCUUCUACCCGACAGGAACCAAUCUGAAAAGGAUCCACGUGUCACCUGACUUCUCCACCUUCGUCACCAUCGACAAUAUCGGAAUCCUCUACAUCCUGAAGAAGGUGGAAUGAGAGGGAGGCAUAGCUCAUUAGUCUAAAGUGGUUUCCUUAUAGCGCAUUAGUCUAAAGGGGGCGUAGCUCAAUAAUGGAAAUAGUUCUCGUCUCCUCUCCUUGCAUUGAUCUGAAAGAGCCAGACAGGUGAGAGCCAAUGUCCGUUAGUCAUCUGCCAUGUUGCUUUAGCCUGCGUUCUCAGAUCAGAGUAGGUGAAGAACAGGAGAUCUGCUAAAGGAAAAAAUCCAUCAUUUCUACUGCUCUGCCUUCUUCAGCAUGCCAUAACAGUCACAACAAUCACAUGAACUAUUAGGCUUUUCUUAUUGUAUCAGGGGACCAUAGACAAAAGGCAUUUUGAUUCUUUCUGCACUGGGGUAAAUUGCAUGCAAUAUGGAGAGAUUUUUCUAUGCUCUUUUUAACUAGGAAAAUCUAUAUUAUAAUGAAAUGCACCAGCAUUAUCUGUUGUGAUUCUACAGUGAUGUUGUCAAACACAAUGAAUUGGUUUUGUAUAUCUAAGUGCCCAAUGAGUCUUUGGCUUUGUCGAUGUCGUGGCACUCUGCAAAUGGUCAUGAUUGUGUUCUGUCGUCUUAAACAAAGUACAUGUAUUUUUCCCUGUGAAGUUUGGGCGGCAGGGAGCCUAGCGAUUAAGAGCGUUGGGCCAGUAACCUAAAGGUUGCUGGUUCGAAUCUCUGAGCCGACUGGGUGAAAAAUCUCUCUAUGCCCUUCAGCAACGCACCUAACCCUAAUUGCUCUUGUAAGUCGCUCUGGAUAAGAGCGUCUGUUGACUAAAAUGUACAAAUGUAACGGUCUAAACCUGUGUAUUUGGACUAACUAAAGCCUUAAAGAUGGAGUCCGCAGUAUGGGGAAGCCUCCCCACCACAGUUUAAAAAAAAAAUUUAAACCUUGACUUAAGGCAUUUGUCAGAAUAGCAUCUGUCGACUAUGUUUACUAUCAAGUUCAAUACUGUUCAGGACAUUUUAUACACUAAUUGUAUCAAUAGAGCCUGUUUUUUUUUGUGCAAGUCCUUUUUUUAUUGUAUAUAUCUUGCUUUCAUACAUUUUGUUUUCUUAUUACUACUGAGCCACGCUCUAGUGAGCGUUGUAGGAAGGCACUAUGAUUUUUCUCUUGUGGUCUGUAUCAAGGACAUGGCCUUGUUCCAAUACUUUGCCUUGUUCCAAUACUUCCUUCCUUGCUUCCUUCCUUCCAUCGUUGCGUGACGUCAUCUCUGAUCUGACACUAUUGAAUAGCUGACCGAUUGCUUCCACUUCAUGGCUGACAAUCUAGAGUCAUUUAAAAUCUGUGAUUAUUGAAGGGAAGGCUGUGUUUUCAAAGUAUUCAAUCUGGGCCUUGUUUUUGAUGUCAGAACAUGUGCUCUUACCUAUUGGUGCUUUGAACUCAGUGUGCAAGUAAAUCAUCAGAGGAGGUCUCUCCCUGUCAAUCAAAUCUGUGAAGUCUUGAGGUGAUCUCAGGACAUGAAUACUGUUAUGGUAAAGUGCUUGUGUGUGGUCUGUAAUGUAUAAUACCUUAGAGAAUAAAACAUUCUAUGACA